AUGGCGGAUUAUGCCCGAUUGAUAAGUGGACCGAAAGGUACUCCGGUGUGGUUUAUUGAUCGUCAUCCCAUGAGAGUUUUCAAAUGGUCCCCGGAGUUUGACGCAUAUUGUGAGUCCCCGAUCGCGGCAAUUUGGUACAAUCUCAUUGGCCUCCCUAUUCAUCUUUUCGACCACGCUGCCCUUUUUGCCAUUGGCAAACUCUUUGGUACCCCGAUUCAAGUGGAUCGCGCGACGGCCAGCAAGUCUAGACUCUCGUUUGCUCGAAUUUGCAUUGAGAUUGAUAUUACGAAGCCACCCCCUGAGGAAAUUAUACUAGACAUUUGCGGUCGUGAGACAGUGCAACAAGUGAAAUGGGACAAGAUCCCGGCCUAUUGCUUGGAAUGUAGGCAUGUCGGCCAUAGUAGUGAGGUUUGCUAUGCGGCGGGUAAGGUGGAGCGACCCCCGAAGAGGAACUACAACAACGUAACACCGAGACAACAACACCAUGGGAUCAAUGGAUCGCAAGGGGGAAAUGUGCCAACAAAUCAUAAGGACCGGAAACAACAAGGGAAAGGUAAGGAAAUGGAGGCACAAUCGAGUAGGGGCCCGGACGCAAGCGACCCCUUGGAUAGAGAGUGGUCGGGGCCGGACAUUAUGGGUGAUUUCUGA